AGUGGGGUUUAAUUACAAAAUAAGUCAAAAACCAAUUCUGAGUCUUCCUUCUCCCUCCUACAAAAUAUCGCAAAUUUAGAGACGAUUAGCAGAAAAAGCGUAACAAUGGCGGAAGAUUUGGUGUUAGACACAGCAAUUAGAGACUGGGUUUUAAUACCUUUAUCAGUAGUCAUGGUUCUCAUUGGAAUCCUUCGUUACUUUGUAUCUAAACUCAUGCGUACCUUUCAAACCCCUGAUGGAAAAAUCGUUAAAGAAGGGCAAGUGAUAAUUAGGGCGAGGAAUUUGAGGUCUUCCGCUGAUUUCAUCCCAUCUAAAUCUUUCCGUGCUCGACGCACUUACUACAGUAAUGAGGAGAACGGGCUUCUACAUGUUCCCAAAGGCCAAUCUCAAAAUGCUCAAGCUCAAAUGUUCACCGAUCCAAACAUGGCCAUGGAUAUGAUGAAGAAAAAUCUAUCAAUGAUUAUACCCCAGACUCUCACUUUCGCUUGGGUGAACUUCUUUUUCUCUGGAUUUGUCGCAGCUAAAAUCCCGUUUCCUCUGACUCAGAGGUUCAGGUCAAUGCUCCAGAACGGUAUAGACUUGAGCACUGUUGAUGUGAGCUAUGUCAGCAGCCGAUCAUGGUAUUUCCUCAACCUGUUUGGACUACGGGGUUUGUUUAGCCUAAUUCUGGGCGAGGAUAAUGCUAUGGACGACACUCAACGCAUGAUGCAGAUGGGUGGAUUCGGCUUUGACCCAUCAAAGAGCUUGAGCGCUGAGAAAGACGGUCUUGACAUCGUUCAACACGAUUGGGUACUUCCCAAAAUUGAGAAGCGAGCUGAAGCAGUGCUUAGGAAACUAAUCAAGUCGUGAAAAUGCUAAUUAUAGCCUCUAUUAACUUCCACUCGGAUUUUGCGUUCAAGUUGCAUCCAUUGAGUCGAUAUUUUCACCGGUUACUAGGAGGAGGCUAAGCUGAUUCAAGCAACAUUCAUGGGCAUCAUAUUUGAGGCUCAUUAAGAGUCACUUCAUAUAUAAGAAGACUUAAUUGUUGGAUUUAGUUAAGAUUUUCCUUUAAAAGUUGUCACUCACUAUAAAGUGGGGUUUGUUUUUUCAAUUAUUGAAAAAUGCUAUUCUAGCAAUACAUCUAUAUUUAUUUCAUGAGUAUACUAAGUUUUGGCACAAUAAUAUAUUUAGUUGAUUAUCAAAUCUUGUUUCUAUUGGAGAGCAAGUAGUACUUUUCAGAAAUUUUCAG